CGGCAAAUAGGGGUUCCUUACAAUGCAUCUGAACCCACUUACACCAACUUACAGACGGGACAAGGCGGGUUCCUGCAUUCGGGGAGCUGAACACAUUCUCACAUCCUUCUGUGCCUUAAUCUCUCAUAUUCCAGAAAGUACAAAGGUACUCACCCCUAGACCAACCAAUUACCAUGUUCUCCCUCGAAGGCCACACUGCACUCAUCACGGGUGGUACCCGGGGCAUUGGCAAGGCCGUUGCCAUUGCUCUCGCCGAAGCCGGAGCCGACAUCCUCCUCGUCCAGAGAGAUGAAUCCUCGACCGACACCCUCACCGCCGUCCAGGCACUCGGCCGCACCGCCCGCAUCUACACAGCCGACCUGAGCUCGGCCGAGGACGUCUCCAAGCUAGUGCCACGGAUCCUCGCCGACGGCCACCAGAUUCGCAUCCUCGUCAACUGCGCCGGCAUCCAGCGGCGCCACCCCUGCGAGAAAUUCCCCGACUCCGACUUCAACCAGGUCCUGCAAGUCAACCUCAACAGCGUCUUCACCCUCUGCCGCGACGUAGGCGCGCACAUGCUAGAGCUGGAACCGUCCGGGGUGACGGGGCGGCGGGGGUCCAUCAUCAACUUCGCGUCGCUGCUGACCUUCCAGGGCGGCCUGACCGUGCCCGCCUACGCGGCGUCCAAGGGCGCCGUCGGGCAGCUCACCAAGAGCUUCGCCAACGAGUGGACCGCCCGCGGCAUCACCGUCAACGCCAUCGCCCCGGGCUACAUCGAGACCGACAUGAACACGGCGCUGCUGAACGACCCCGAGAGGUUGGCCAGUAUUAGCGCGAGGAUACCGGCCGGGAGGUGGGGGAGCCCUGAGGACUUUAAGGGUACCGCAGUCUAUCUCGCAAGCAAGGCCAGCGCAUACGUGAGCGGUCACGUACUCGUGGUGGAUGGUGGGUGGAUGGGACGGUAAAACAAAUAGCCUUGACGGCACCAAACUUCAUUUGCCCAUGUAUAAUAAUGAAGAAAACAACAAUCUACCGAGACAUAAUCGUCCAGGGCGAGUGAUAUCGAUGGGCAGACCCCCUGCCAGUGAGUAAGAUGAAGAAAG